CACCAUCAUCAAACACCGUACCAGCCGUCGGAUCAAUUCCGUCUACCAGAACUCUCCCCAAGAAUAUGUGCUCCUGAGAUCGCGCUGGCGCGAUGCGAGCCCCCCUCCUCCCUCACUGCCAUCGAUCCCCGUCGCCACUACACUCUCGGACGAGUAAAACCAAGCGGUCCUCCGCCGUUGCUGCGGCGGCGGGGAUGGGGGGAGGAAGCGGGCGGGAAGGAGACUGGGAGUGCGGGGGAUGCCGGAACCGCAACUACGCGUUCCGGUCCCUGUGCAACCGCUGCAAGCAGCCUCGCCUUUUGGUGGACACCAAGACCCCUGCCGACUCCAAGUGGCUCCCCCGCAUCGGUGACUGGAUCUGCACCGGUUGCAGUAACAACAAUUAUGCAUCCAGAGAAAAGUGUAAGAAGUGCAGCCAAUCAAAGGAGGAAGGGGCAUUGCCAGCAGUUGCAAUGCCUGGAGUAUCUCUCCCAACUUAUGCACAAUGUUUUGCCGGAGUUCAGGAACUACAUCAAUCGAAGAUAAAUUUUGGGAUUACAAGAAAUCCUGUUAUUCAUUCAUUUCCACCAAGUUCUGAUUGGUCGUAUGGGGGACCUGAUAUAUAUGGGCUUCAGUCUGCUCCCAGCUGGUCCUUAAAUGGCAGUAGUGGAAGUGAAUAUUCAUAUCCAAGCAACAGAAAGCAGCUUCCUGUGGUUCCUAAAGGAUGGCGAGAUGGUGACUGGAUAUGUAACUGUGGCUUUCAUAACUACUCAUCCCGUACACAGUGUAAGAAAUGCAAUGCACCUGUAUUGUCUGGUGUUACUUCUUCAGCACCGAGUUCAGCAGUUUCAGCUUUGAGGACAAAACGAUUGGCGUCAGAGGAGCUUGUUACUGACUGGGAUAAUAAAAGGCUGAAUGCAGGAGACAUAGAUAGUCAUUUUCUGACAAGUGAGCAGCAGCAUUCAUACCAGGGUUUCAAGCAACCGGUAGCAUCCAGUUAUGAUCAAACACUCGGAAUGUAUGCUAAAUAUUCCAGUUUGCUGACACCAUCAAUGGAAGUAAAUGCACAGUCUGCACAGAGGGCAGUGCCUACACUUCUAGGAAAAGGGUAUCAUGAAAUUGCAUUGACUGGAUGGAUAUGCAUAACUGCAGCCACUAGAAGCUUAGUGGUGUCUUAUAUUCUGAAGUUGGUCGAUUUUGUUUGGAAUAUACUGGCCAUUUUGGAAAACUUCAUGAAGGCAAAACAAUGGCGUGAAGGGGACUGGAUGUGCAGUAAGUGCAAUAAUCACAAUUUUUCAUCUCGUUCUUAUUGCAACAGAUGUAAAACUCAGAAAGAAGUUGCUGUGCACUCUGGAGGUGUUGGGUAGUAUAGAUGAAAACAGAGCGUUUCACAUAGUUACUGAUCUAUGGUGCCUGAAACUUCCUCUCUUUUCGCUGCAGCAGAGCAAAUCUUCCUUUCUUUUGUUCACUGGCAUGCUUACUAAUUGGUCUUAGAACCUAUUGAUGAUUGGUCUCGACACCAACCUGACGGGAAGAAAACCAUCGGAUGAGAAGCAGGUUUUUCUCUAGUGCUGAAUAAAAAUGGACUGAUGUGCUUAUUUUGGUUGGAAACCAAUGUGCCUAGUUUUGUUUGUUUUCUUAAGUUACAAAAUCGUGCAUCUUCUCUUGGCUGAUUUCAACAAAUAUAUGCUAGAAGGAUAUGAGUUCUUAACUGAAGUUGUAUCAUGGCUGUGAUUAUGAGGAUUA